AAAAAUGGAGAACACCAAAAACAGGCUCAUUGGCAAUCUCCCUACUCAUCUCUGCCCGGAGUAUGAGAAGAAAGCUACUAGCGCCACGUGUGGCGAAAUUUCGUGACGAAGACGACGGACGUUCGGAGAACCGACCUGAUCUGAUCAGUUUCUGUCAGGGGGGCUAACUGGGGUAAAGAGUAUUUACGCUACUCUUAAUGCUUCAAAAAUUGUCCGAUUUUGAACUACGAAUUUUCAUUAGAUUCUUUAACUAUUUUAUUGAGUAUCAAUUACUAAAAAAAGCGGCAUUAUGGACACGGUGAUUAAAAUAAACAAUCAGACUAUUGGAAGAGAUAAAAUAAUCAGAUUAUUGCAGUAUGGGAGCAGAGCUUGUUGGUAUUAUGCACAAAAUGGUCAUAGUUCAACACAUUCCAUUGAUGUUCUCAAAAGUUUGGAAUAUACCUUUAGCUCUUUUAGAAAAUUAUUACGCAUGGGAACAUUCUUGGAUUCAUUAUACUCUGCAUUGAAGAUUAUGAAGUAUCCAGACUUAAUAGUGAGGGUGACUUUGACAAUGUCCAAGAUUUCAAAUGCUUUGUUCCUUCUGGCUGAUCAUAUUAUCUGGAUAGGUAGAGCUGGUGUUUUUCAGGUCAAUAUUGAAAAAUGGUCCAAUGUAGCAAACAGGUACUGGUUGAUGACCAUAAUCAUGAACCUUGUCAGAGAUGUCUAUGAGAUUGUUCAAAUUAUAGAACGUAAAAGCAUGUCUUCACGUAACAGAACAAGUCUGACUUUACAAAAUAAUAUCCUGCAACAGUGUUACUAUAUUCUCCGGGUCGAAGAUCAUAAAGAUGUUCUAGUAGAUUUUGUCAAAAAUGGGUGUGACCUUUUUAUUCCACUGACAGCUCUAGGAUAUACCAGACUCAGUCCUGGGGUAAUUGGUCUACUUGGUUUCAUCUCAUCAGCAGUGGGAUUAUAUAGCUUAGUUUAUCCCAUGACAAAACUAAGUCCAUCUUAAUUAAGAAAAAAAAAAAAAAAACUAAUUCCUAAUGUUUAAGCUUAUCCUA